AUGAAGAAUCAUUCCUGGUGUAUGCUUAAAGGAAAGGUCAAUCUGAAUCAUAGUAGAAAAGCAUCAAACUAUGAGGAUGAUGUUUCGAGUCCAAUCAGUGACCGAAUUUUGGAAUUCUGUGACCCUGAAUUCUUCCAAGAAACCCUGCAAAACUCAGAAGUCACUUCUAGCUCAAACUGUUGCUAUGAGGAGAACUCUUCCUACGCUAACAAUCUUUCAUUGCCACCGGAUAUAGACAAGUCGAAUAGCUAUCAAGAUAACAAUGGCAAUCAUAACUGCACAACCCCUACGACCACAACCACUAGCACCACUUCUAAUAGCACCACUACAACUACAACUUUCAAUACUAGCUACAUCAAUAACAACAACACUAGUAAUCUGUCCAUGAUAUUUGACUCCCAGGAUGAGCUUGACAAUGAACUUUCUGCUUCCAUAGACUUUUCUUCAUCUCCUACUUUGUCUGUCCCUCAAUUUAUCUCCACCCAGAAUGACCAAUUUGAUUUCUCUUCAGUUCAACCCCAACUCACACUAACAGAUCUUGUAUCAACUGAUGGUCUCUCACAGUACCCUGCUGAGCCCGCUGCCACGCUCAUGGGGCAUCCAUUACCAUCAGUUUUUGAAGAAGAUUGCUUGUCCUCGGUGCCUUCUUAUGUACCUUUGAACCCAUCAUCACCCUGUUGUUCAUUUCUUGGUCCUGCCAUGAGUACUUACAUGCCUAAUGUGAUCAUGAAUGCCGCAUUCUCUGCUGAUAGUUCUGGGAUUCUCGAUGGUGGUAUUCUUAUGGGUUCUGAAUGGCAACCACUCGAUUUGGAUUUUCAGGGUGAUAAUGGUGGAAUUUACUGUCCUGAUUCUCUCCAGCAUGUUUUCAACCCUGGUGAUCUGCAGGCACUCGGCAAUGAAACUCCAAAUUUGGUGGGUGGGCCGGUGAGUUCUGCUCCUCUAGCAUCAGAGAUCUCAAGUUUGGAAGAUCCAACUUUCAAGGUGGGCAAACUUUCUGCUGAGCAAAGGAAGGAGAAAAUCCAUAGGUACAUGAAGAAAAGGAAUGAGAGGAAUUUCAGCAAGAAAAUUAAGUAUGCCUGUCGCAAAACCCUGGCGGACAGCCGGCCUCGAGUCAGAGGAAGGUUUGCGAAGAAUGAUGAUUUUGGUGAGAUUCAUAGGACUGUUUGUGACCAUCACGAAGAUGAUGAAGAUGAAGAAGCAGUAGUGAAAGAAGAAGAUCUGAUUGAUUCGGAUAUUUUUGCUCACAUCAGUGGUGUGAACUCCUUCAAAUGCAAUUAUUCUAUCCAGUCCUGGAUUUAA